AUAACACUUCCAUUUUCUGCGAAUUGCAUGAUAACCUAUAUACCAGUGUUUAUCUUUGCUUCCGUCGUUUCGUUUCUGCUCGUAGUUCCAUGUGGUUCCUCACAAGCCGUUCAAUUCGAUAGUGUCGAAGUUGUGGAAGACGAAAUUAGACCGGAACAACUUCCAGGUAUUUACGGCAUAUUGAGAAGAGAUAAGGGAAAAGUUGGAUCUUCUAUCGAAGCAAAAUCGACGAGCGGCGCUACUCCUGAAAAAACUACGGAUAAGAUUUCAGCUCCUAGUACGAGCAAUGCUGAAGGAGAUCUGAAUGUUCAGCCCACCAUGUAG